GAGUCACAGUCUGGGGAGGCUUGAAAUGGGCGGCCGGCGGCGCCGGAGAAGCAUUCGGCGACCACGACGAAGAUGGAGAGACUCAACUUGCUCGUCUGGCUCGGUGCGAUUUGUGCGGCUUCUACUCUGGCGGUGUUGGACCCCCGGGGAGCCCGACCGGUGGAGCAAGGCACCAGAUCCGAUAAGUGUGCCACAGAGAAGGAGUGGCCUUUCUGCACCGACGACCAAUGGGGCCCCAAGUGCCCGUCGGGCUGCAGGAUCCAGGGUCUGAUGGACCGAUUUGAACACGGCUCCCUGAAGAGGGUGGAGAAGAUCCGCAGCCUCCUGGACCAGCACAGGGCCAAGCACCGGUCCACGGACCUGGUGACCAAGCAGACGUACGACUACCUGAAGGAGAAGCUCACCUCCGACGCCGGCAACGACAACAGCUACUACGACCUGGCCCAAGGCCUCCGUCAGAGGAUCUCCGACAUGAAGAUCAAGAUCGACCGGCAGCUGAGCAUCCUGCGCGCCCUGAAGCAGCGCGUCGGGGACCAGGUGGUGGAGAUGCAGAGGCUGGAGGUGGACAUCGACAUCAAGCUCCGAUCCUGCAAAGGUUCCUGCCAAAGCUACAACACCUUCGCGGUGGACCACGAGAGCUACGUGGGGCUGGAGAAACAGGUCAACCAGCUGGACUCCCAAUCGGCUCAGAACAUCGAGUCGGUGGGGACGCUGUACGUGAUGAAGAGCCGGCCACUGAAGGACUCGGUGGUCGACAGCCCCUUUAAGUCCAAGGACGUGGACGGCGGAACGCAGAAACAGAACAUGUUCCCCGAUGUGCCGAUGGUCGAGCUGAAGCUCGAGCAUGAGGGCUCUGUCUCAUCCCCGGCAACCAUCUCAAAGGUCAUGGGCACUUCCUACUCUUCGCCCUCAAAGGGCGGCAGCUCCUCCUCCUCCUCCUCUUCCUCCUCCUCUAUCACCAAUCUCGGCGGCGACAUCUUCAACAUGGGGGGCGGCGGCGGCGGCGGUGGCGGCGGGGGUGGUGGAAGCCACAUGUCCACCACGACCGUCAGCUGCACCAGGAGCGUCAGGAAGACUGUGGUCCACACCAAAGACGGGCCGGUGGAGAAGAUGGUGCAAGUGAUGGAGGGAGGCCCCGGGUGCGAGGCCAUGACGGACGUCACAAAGGGAGGGAUGGGCCCCUUCCCCGGCUUCACAUCCUCCUCCUCCUCCUCCUCUUCUUCGUCUUCUUUUUCGACCAAGACGACUGCGCACAGCGGGGGCACCAAGGGAAGCCUCCUGGACACCGGGUUCGAUCUGACGAAUCCCUUCGGCGACGACCUCGGCCUCUUCAAGACGUCCAACGUGGACGACGACCUCCCCGACUUCCAGGCCCGCAGUGUGAAGAGCACGCGGCUCGAGCGGCACGCCGACCACGUGGGAAAAGAUUGCGUCGAUGCUCAGCAGCACCACCUGAAGGGCGAAGCGAACGGCCUGUUUAAGAUCAAACCGGGCGGCGCUGACGGGGGGGUGGUGGAGGUUUACUGCCGGCAGGAGGGGCUAAUGGGGGGGUGGCUGCUAGUCCAGCAGAGGGAGUCCGGCGCGCUUGACUUCAACCGAUCUUGGGCCGAGUACCGCGGCGGGUUCGGCUCGGUGGACGCCGCGGGCCGGGGGGAGUUCUGGAUAGGCAACCGCAACCUCCACCUGCUGACCGGCGGGGGCGAGACCCUGCUGAAGGUGGAACUGGAGGACUGGGAGGGGGGUGCGGCCGGCGCCGAGUACACUGCAGCGGUGGGCCCGGAGGGGGAGGGCUUCCCGCUGAGCGUGUCCGGGUACCUCGGGGACGCCGGAGACGCCCUGACGCCGACCCACGGCGGCAUGAAGUUCAGCACCUUUGACCGGGACAACGACGCGUGGGGGGGGAGCUGUGCUGAGGUUAAUGGCGGCGGUUGGUGGUACAACGGCUGCCUGUCGGCCAACCUCAACGGAGCGUACCACCACCCGCCGCACAGGGGGGAGGGCGGAGUGGUGUGGUCGACGUACAAACCGGCCGAUUACAGCCUGAAGGCCGUCAGGGUCUUCAUCCGGCCGGCGGCUUUCUAGAGAGUGAGGUUCAAUAUGUACCAUGUAUAUAUAUAUAUUUAUAUAUCAAUAUGAUGCAUAUAUAGAUAUAUACAUCUAUUUAAACCCCAAAGAAUGUGCUGGAUGAAGAACUUCAGACUAUCGACCUGCUGGUGAAUCAUUCUAAACUAAACAGUGUAAAUGUCAGCGACCUGUUUAUCUACCCGGUGUUCUCAGAACGAGACGACUGAACUUUGCUCAAUAAAGUUUCAAUGUUCACUUCAA